GAGAGGAGAGCAAUGCAACAGCAGAGCCCCGCGCCGCUCCCGCGCCGCCAAUUAUUCUCUACGGGCUGCAUCGCUCCUCGUUAAUGCCUUGCGCUCGGCGAGCAAAUUGGACAUCCUCUUACCACCUUCAAGGGUCAGUUAGUGAAAGGCAGGCUGGAGGGGGAAGCUGCUGGAUUCAUUCGGACUGGGAGCAGAGAGGGAGGCACCCUCUGGAGCCGGAUUUCACAGCGAGGCAAUUGACGGGAAAGCUUCAGACGCGGGGCAGGAAUGGCACGUUUUUCCGGGGCAGGUUUCCUUUGGGAACACUCCGCGGUCAGUGCGUGCCUGCUCUGAGAGGCCCCGACAAAGCCCCGAGCGGCGGCUCCGCUGGCGCUGGGCAGAGCCGGGAGUGAGGGAUGCUUUAUGGCACUGCGGUGCUCCGGCUGGUCCUGCGAGCAGCCCUCCAGCCCAGAGGCACCGGUCACAGCUAGGACAGCUGGGCAGCACGAGAGAUUCUUCCCUCCCGCGCUGUCAUUGCCAGUGGGAACAGGAAGAUUUGCCUUCACUGUAAGUGCUCCCAGGAAGAGCACGUUGUAACAGUUAUGCCUCUGGAGAUGGAGAAGACAGUCACGAAGCUCAUGUUUGACUUCCAGAGGAAUUCAACUUCUGACGACGACUCAGGCUGUGCUUUGGAGGAGUAUGCCUGGGUCCCCCCUGGCCUGAAGCCUGAGCAGGUGCACCAGUACUACAGCUGCCUGCCCGAGGACAAGGUUCCCUAUGUCAACAGCCCAGGGGAAAAAUCUCGCAUAAAGCAACUUCUUCACCAGCUGCCACCCCAUGACAAUGAGGUCCGCUAUUGCAACUCAUUGGAUGAGGAGGAGAAGAGGGAGCUCAAACUCUUCAGCAACCAGAGGAAGAGGGAAAAUUUAGGGAGAGGCAAUGUUCGACCAUUCCCUGUAACCAUGACAGGAGCCAUCUGUGAGCAGUGUGGCGGCCAGAUCAAUGGAGGGGACAUGGCCGUCUUCGCCUCGCGAGCGGGACACGGCGUCUGCUGGCACCCUCCCUGCUUCAUCUGCAGCAUCUGCAAUGAGCUGCUGGUCGACCUGAUCUACUUCUACCAGGAUGGGAAGAUCUACUGUGGCAGGCACCACGCCGAGUGCCUCAAGCCCCGCUGCGCUGCUUGUGAUGAGAUCAUUUUUGCCGACGAAUGCACUGAGGCCGAAGGGAGGCACUGGCACAUGAAGCAUUUCUGCUGUUUUGAGUGCGAGACAGUUCUGGGGGGGCAGCGCUACAUCAUGAAGGAUGGGAGGCCCUACUGCUGCAGCUGCUUUGAGUCCCUGUACGCCGAGUACUGUGACACCUGCGCCCAGCACAUCGGUAUUGACCAGGGCCAGAUGACAUACGACGGCCAGCACUGGCACGCCACCGAGACCUGCUUUUGCUGCGCCCAGUGCAAGAAGUCACUGCUGGGACGGCCCUUCCUGCCCAAGCAGGGGCAGAUCUUCUGCUCCAGGGCCUGCAGCAUUGGUGAUGACCCCAAUGGCUCCGACUCCUCCGACUCAGCUUUCCAGAGCGCACGAGCCAAGGAAUCCCGCCGCAGCGCCAAGAUCGGCAAGAACAAGGCAAAGGGUGAGGAGGGGGCACGCAGCCCCUGCAACCAGCUGCAGGUCACCUCCAACCGUCUCUCUACCGACGUGGACCCGCUGUCCCUGCAGAUGGAUCUGCUGAGCCUGGCCAGCCAGACACCAAGCCUCAACAGGGACCACUUGUGGAGGAGCCGGGAUGAGCUCUAUCACUACGGGGGCAAAAUGGAGCAAAGCCAGUCUCAAACCCCCUUGCAGCUUCUCAGCCAGUGCAACAUAAGAACCUCCUAUAACCCCACCCAGGUCCCAGGCUCACAGUCGGAUUUAUGGGCAAAACACUUCAGCAACCCAAAGAGGAGCUCUUCGCUGGCCAUGAAGAGCCAUGGUGGCAGCUUCAUCCAGGACUGCAGAGAGGACUACUACUCAGGGAGGCUCCACUCACAGGAGAGCUACAGUGAUAUGUCCAACCAGAGCUUCCCAGAGACCAGAGGAAAUCUCAAAGUCCCCAAGUAUGAAGAGGAAGAGGAGGGUGGGAUGCCAACGUCGCAGUGCCGCACCCGUCACCCCAUCAAUGCCCUCAAGUUCACAGAGGAUCUGACGCCCACUGAGCAGACCCCCCGAGGCUCCAUGGAGUCCCUCGCACUCUCCAAUGCUACAGGCCUCUCAGCAGAUGGUGGAGCCAAGCGCCAGGAGCACCUCUCCAGGUUCUCCAUGCCUGACCUGAGCAAAGACUCGGGCAUGAACGUCUCAGAGAAAAUGAGCAACAUGGGCACCCUGAACUCCUCCAUGCAGUUCCGCAGCGCUGAGUCCGUGCGCAGCCUGCUGUCGGUGCAGCAGUACCAGGACACAGAGCCCACCCUGCACGACCUCGCCAGCCCCCUCGGCUAUCGAGAGCGGCCGUCGCACGGACGGAUGCACCAGAGCUUUGACUAUGGCAGCGGGGUGCCCGGGGGCAAGCUGGGGGCACAGGAGAUCCCAAGGCACACACCCAUGAGCGAGCGCAUGCGCCGGAGAACCACUCUCCGGGAUGACGACCAGCACUAUCGCCUGCACCGGCCCCGGCGGUCCCGGCGGUCCCGCUCGGACAACGCCCUGCACCUGGCCAGUGAGCAGUGCUACCGCCUGAAGGAGAGACCUUUGCUCCGAGCCAGGGACGACUACGACCCGUUCAUGCACCAGAGGAGCUGCAGGGAGACAGUGGAGCAGGGUCCCCGCAGGGAUGUCUACGGCCACUGUCCCCGGACGGUGUCGGAUCUUGCCUUGCAGAACCACUUGGGUGAGAGAUGGGGGCCCUACUUCACCGAAUACGACUGGUGCUCCACCUGCUCCUCCUCUUCAGAGUCUGACAAUGAGGGCUAUUUCCUCGGGGAGCCGAUUCCGCAGCCUGCCCGCCUCCGGUAUGUGACCAGCGAGGAGCUGCUGCACAAGUACGGCUCAUACAGCAUGCCCAAGUCUUCCACGGUGGGGGCCAGAGGACAGUUGCACAGCCGGAAAAGACAGAAGAGCAAGAACUGUAUCAUAUCCUAAUGGCAUCCUUGCCAGGCACCUUGGGAGAAUGUAAAUUAAUUCACAAUCUUGCACUGUUUUAGAUCGUGUAAGUGCUUUUAUUGUAAGAAAAAAAAGGCCCGAAGAGUAGGGAUUUAUAAAAGGUUGUAGACUGGCUAGUAUAAAUAGUCAUAAUCCUGGGCAUGGUGAAUAUAUUUUGCACAUAUUACUUUGGAGAUACUAAUUUUAAAAGUUCACUUUAGCCUGUAAUAUUUACCUAGUAGUUUCUCUUCCUUCUCCCAAAUACCGCCACCCCAUUGGGCUCUGUUUGUCUGUACAUUUUGGUUGCCACUGUUGACUCUCAGCAUCAGUUUGCUGGUUGCUUUUGCUUUCCACCAUGAUUUUGUUUUCCAUUAGCCAUGUUGGUAGGUGAUUUGUCUCUUGGACAGUGUGGGAGCCUAAGUUAUUUCCACAAUUGUUGUAAAUGCGAUGUAAAUGAGAGUUUGGAGAAAAUAUUUUUGUAUUUUGUAAUAUCAGAGGAGUUUCUAUAUCCUAAGAGUCACUGGGAAAAUGCAUGCAUGUUCAGAAUUGUUUUCAGUCAGAGCUAACCAAACAGUGCUUUGGACACCCUUUCCAUUUCAUCAUCAAACGCCUUAAUUAUUCAGUGAGAGUUUGCGUUUUCAUUGGUUUUGAGGGUUUUUUUUGUUUUAACAUUGUUUUGGUUUUUUUUGGUUUUUCCUGUUCAUUUGUUUUGAUCCUGGUCAAUAAACAGAACAUUUUCUGAUUCAUUAAAUCUUGAUGAGGCCUCGGUGGCAUUUUGAAGCCUGUGAUUUGCAGGUACACUCCAUCAGUCAGAUACAGGAACCCUGACAAAAGCUGCAAAAGGGACUUUUUAAAAAUUAUAAUUAUUAUUAUUAUUACCAUUACAUAGGAAAGAACAGAACUACCAAAUGUCUGCAACAUUGUAAAUUACCAAAGCCAGAGAAGGAAUUUCACGCCUCUGUAGAGAACGCUGAAGUUACUAAACAUUGAACUAUUAUUUGGAGUAAAUAAAGUGUAAAUGGUGCAAUUGUGUGAUGUCAGCAUGAUGUUGUUUUGAAUAUAGACUUGUUUUAUGGUGCUCUAGUCUCCUGGGUUAUGUUGACUGCUGUUCAUUACCAAGUGGAAGUCUCAGUAUUGCCUCUUGCCUAACACAUAUGAGAACACCUGCAAACUGCUCCCCAUGGGCCCCUCCUGCCCUGCAAGAUGCCCUUGCCCCUCAGGGGCUGUUUGUGGCCAGGGCUUGUCCCCUGGGGGGCCAGGACAGCCCCUCGCUGUGGCAGAGGGCCCUUACAUAGGGCUCAGCUGUGUUGUAUUAUGGUGGAAUGUGAGUUUGUUCUCUUGUGUGCUUUAAUCCAUUAGGGUUCUGCCAUCCCAGCUGCAAGCCAAGGCCAGGUUGUCUCAGUGCUUCCCAGAAAGGAGCAAGUUUGCAAAAGAGGCUCUUGGCACCCAAAGCACCUGAGGGGCUUAAGAUAAGGCUGGGCUUUGAGCCACAGGAGGGCUGAGAGCUUAACCAGCUGCAUUGCCCUUGCCCCAUGUGCUGCUGGCACCUCAGGGUGUCCCUGCACCUUGAGGCCAGCCCCUCCCUACACCCUGGGAAUGUGGAUCCUGGUGCAGGGAUGGCCCUGGCAGCCUUGGGCACACACAGGGACACCUCCAUGCCUCCUCAAAGCAGCAGAAAAAUCUGGAAGAUGGAUGUCUCCAUACCACAGACUAUUGCUAGGAAUUUUUUGUUGUUUGUAAAGGACAAUGUGAUAAUUAUUAUUCCUUUAAAAAGAAAAAAAAAAAGAAAUGAUACUUAAAUAUAUUUAAAAAAAAAAUGUUUUUUCCAGUUGGAAUAAACGGAAGUAUUCAUC